UUCAACUCUUGCUUUUCGUAUAAUUUUAGUCCUGCAGAGUAUUGUAUCGCGUGAGUGUGCCAUGGACUGUGACAAUAUUGUCCGUGAUCUAGGGAGGGUGAUGGACGUGUUAAGGGCGGAAAUCGACACGGUUGAGGGUGCCCUUGAGGCCGUUGCUGGACAGAUAGCGACGUGCACAGACAGGGACAGCUUAGCGGACUUGCGCGAUGAGGAAGAGCAGCUGCGCGAUGAGGAGAAGCAGCUACACGAAGCGAAGAAGGUGCUCUUUAAGCUCAUGCACCGCCACACUGUGGCAACUACUGUCCCGCCACCGGCAGCCCCGCACAGACAGCUGUUGGACUCAAUCAUGGCCAUCCCGUCGCUCAGGUACCCGAUGCACAGGGAGCUGGUUGUGCUCGGCGAGCUCUGCAUGAACGAGAACUUCGAUAGCUUCGAGGACCUGCACAGCCUCCUGGAAGCCAUGGCAUCUGCGCUGGCGCUUACACCGGACGGGCUGCUGAAGGCGGACUGGUUCAUGCAGGUCCGGGACCACCGCUACAACAGCCUUGGCAGCAAGGCCAAAUUUGAGCAGGAUUAUGGGGCUCAGCAUGACAUCAAGGUUGGGCUUCGCUGGUUCCACGUGCUGCUGUGCAACAUCCUCAGACACGCCCCUUUCCGGGAGCAGGAGGAGUUCCUGCAGGCCUACCCCUCAGAGUUGGCUGCAUUCCACAGCAGUGGUCGCAUCAGUGCAGCACUGACCAAGACAUACGAGCCCAGGCGCAGUUGUGGCAGCAGCAGCAGUGGCACCCAGCACGGCAGCAGCAGCCCUAAGGCACUGAUUGGGUCGGUAACCCAUGGGUUACCCAUCGGUUACCCACCUUCAACCCCCCAUAGCCGAUUGGUAACCCCCUUACGCCUCCGCACCAGGCUCUGCCAGCUGCAGGCUUGUGGCAAACGGCCGCUGAGGGGCGGCUGGACAGCCGGCGGGCCGGGAUGGGGUUGGUUCGGUCGAGUCUUUUAGGCUAGUAGCCCUACCAACUCAUAGGGGGUCUAACAGCGGCUAACAGGCGUGCCUGUUAGGAAAUGUUAGCCUAACAGAUUCUCUAACAGUGAUGGGGCUGUCAGACGAUGUUUGGGCUGGUGGCUGGUGGAUCUGGCUUUUAACAACCAUGUUGGAUAAGUAGAACAGGAGUUGGUGAUGUUAGCCAUUGUUAAGGAUUGUCAGAUGUUUUUAGACUGUAUUUUAGCUGUCUGGCAGUGUUGAUGGAUAACCUCAUUUAGAACAAAUAUUCUUAAACGGUUUGUAACGAAAUGUCCUG